UCAUAAGGCCUUCUUUUUGAAAAGUGUAGGCGGAACGUACUAUACAAAAAGGGUAAGCAGGUUCUAAAUGAUCCUUUAUCCUACAGUGUCAGUCAUCUUUCACCCCUUGCUGCUCCAGACAGACACUUGCGAGAGGAUUGUGAAUUGUGUGGAGAUAACAAUCAACACUGGAAGCAGGUUUGCCAUGGCAGAGGCAGGCAAAAGGUCUCCUACUGCUGUUCCCCAGAACAUCUGUGAUGGGUCUCCUACUGGCGUUUUGUGUGGCAGGGAGGCAAACACAACCAAAGACGAAACCAGGGCGAACAACACCAGUUUGGUCAGUCAACCGGAAGCAAAUAGUGAUGAGAAACUCUACAUGUGUGGGGAGUAUGGGUACAGGGCAGCCAGAGAGUCUCAGUUAUCCCGACACAUGAAGACCCACACAGGGGGAAAACCACUCGUGUGUGACCAGUGUGACUAUUCUGCUGCACAAAAAUGCACUUUGGACCGGCAUUUAGCAAAUCAAACCGGUGCCAAACCCUUCAUGUGUGGGGAGUGUGGGUACAGGACAGCACAGAAGUCCGAUUUAUCCACACAUAUGAGAACUCAUACUGGUGAAAGACCAUACAAUUGUGACCAGUGUGAUUAUUCUGCAGCAGUGAAAUCCACUUUGGACAGGCAUCUAGCCAAGCAUAAUGGUGACAAACCCUACAUGUGUGGGGAGUGUGGGUACAGGGCAGCUCUGAAGUCUCAUUUAUCUGUACAUAUGAGAACUCAUACCGGUAGAAAACCCUACAAGUGUGACCAGUGUGACUAUUCUGCUGCACACAAAUUGAGUUUAGAUCAACAUCUAGCCAGGCACACUGGUGAUAAGCCCUUCAUGUGUGGGGAGUGUGGGUACCGGACAGCUCAGAAGUCUGAUUUAUCCAGACAUAUGAGGACUCACACGGGUGAGAAACCCUACAAGUGUGACCAGUGUGAUUAUUCUGCUGCACGGAAAUCCUCAUUGGACAGACAUCUAGCAAAACACACCGCAAUACCUAGCCAUGGGUACCGAUGGGAAACCCAACUAGGGAUCGAGGUACAAGUCGACUCGGAAGUCUACCUUGCCGAACAUUCAGAGAAUUCAUAG